GCUGCUGCGCUGCGGAUACACAUGUGUUUACUUUGGUCGACCCUUACCUUUACUUUAUGAUCUUUCGGACUGUCCUACACAUUUUAUUUUAUGGCAGAUGUAAGAGAACCGAAGAAGAGCGGUAAAUCAAAAUCCAAUGGGAGAUGGAAAAAAGGACUUGUAAUUCUUGGUGUAACUGGGGCGGUAGUUGGAGGACUAUAUGCCGUCGCAACCCCGUUUAUUCUACCUGCCUUUCGCCGGAUUUGCUUGCCUUACGUCCCCGCCACGACGGCGCAAGUUGACAAUGUGUUUUCGGUCCUCAAGAGGGCCGCGGCUUCUAAUCCAACAUUGGAUGUAGUAUGUGGGACUGGGGAGAAAAAGAUGUUGGUGGACUUGGGCAGUGGAGACGGGAGAAUCGUAAUCACUGGAGCGAAGCAUGGGUAUCAGGGUGUCGGAUAUGAGCUUAAUCCAUGGCUUGUUUGGUAUUCAAGAAUCGCUUCUCGUCAAGCAGGAACAAAGGAGAGAACAUCAUUCCAUCGUACCAACCUCUGGAAUGUCGACCUUAGCAAAUUUGAUGUCAUCGUCAUAUUUGGAGUAUCACAAAUGAUGGCUGCUCUAGAAACCAAGAUUUCUUCUGAGAUGAAGCCGAACGCAUCAGUUGUGGCCUGUCGUUUCCCAAUCCCUAACUGGGAGCCGCAUUUAUGUGAAGGAGCGGGAGUGGAUGAAGUGUGGUUAUACAAGGCAUCCAAUAAUCCUCAUAAUGGGACAGAUGUAAGAACUGAUUUGUCAUCAUCUCAUAUACAGGAGUCUUCCAAAACAUGAGAGAAGGAAGAAUAUACAGUUAAACCUGCUUUAGUGACCACCUGUCUACAUUAAGCCCAUUUUUUGUCUCCCUUGAAAAUGGUUUCUCAUUGAAACAUGUACUAAAUGCACCUGUCUACAAAGACCACUUUUUGUGUUUCCCUUGGGCGGUCGCUGUAGACAGGUUUGACUGUAUAUGAAGGAGAUUUAUGAUAGGAAAAGGGGAAGAUGAAGUUUGGUUAUUCAUGGUGUCACAUCUUGCAAUAGAACAAAUCAAACUUAAUUUGUGUAGUGUACUAGUGUUAUCAAAUAAUGAUACAAUGUCACGUCGCUUCCAAAGAGCAUUGUAGAUGAUUACCCCAGCUUAGCUCCGAUAGCAGUUAUCAGCUCACAGUGAAUCUUAAGGAUUAACUCUUCCAGACAGUCCUACUCAUGUACCGUCUUGCAUAAUGGUGCAUACCCGUAGUCAAUUCAAUUCAUCGGAUGUACAUGCGAUCAAAUGCAAGCAACCUCACAAGAACAUUCUCGGAUAUUACCGUGUGCAUUGUCUCAAAAUUCCACAAGAAGAGAGGUUGCUUCAGAGAAGUGCCAUUUUGAUGGCAGACACGGGGAGACAGGGAACAGGUUGAUAGUAAAAGGACUUCAUUGCUGUAAAAUGUAUGGUCCUUAAAAGAGAGCUAUGGUUGUGUAUGGCAUCAAAAAGAGAAGAAAAAACGAUACGCAAUAUGCAUGUAUUAUGUAGAUAUGAAUACAUUCUAUUAAAAAAUUGAAAGAAA